CUCGUCCCCUGCUCGAUGGACUACUCGAGCACCAAGGAGUCGCCUCCGGCCGGGGCCUGGUGGUCGAGGGAGACGGUGGCCGUGGUGACGGGCGCGAACCGGGGCAUCGGGCACGCCCUCGCCGCGCGCCUGGCCGAGCACGGGCUCACCGUGGUGCUCACCGCGCGGGACGGCGCGCGGGGGGAGGCCGCCGCGGCGCCGCUCCGCGCGCGCGGCCUCGCCGUCGCCUUCCGCAGGCUCGACGUCUCCGACGCCGCGUCCGUCGCCGAGUUCGCCGCCUGGCUCCGCGACACCGUCGGCGGCCUCGACAUCCUGGUGAACAACGCCGCCGUGUCCUUCAACGAGAUCGACACCAACUCGGUGGAGCACGCCGAGACGGUCCUCAGGACCAACUUCCACGGCGCCAAGAUGCUCACGGAGGCGCUCCUGCCGCUGUUCCGGCAGUCGCCGGCCACCAGCAGGAUCCUCAACAUCAGCUCGCAGCUUGGCCUUCUCAACAAGGUGAGCGACCCGUCCCUGAAGGCGCUGCUCCUGGACGAGGAGACCCUGACGGAGGCGGCGAUCGAGGCCAUGGUGUCGCGGUUCCUGGCGCAGGUGAAGGACGGGACGUGGGGCGCGCAGGGGUGGCCCAAGGUGUGGACGGACUACUCGGUCUCCAAGCUGGCCCUGAAUGCCUACUCCCGGCUGCUGGCGCGGCGGCUGCAGGCGCACGGCGCCCGCGUGAGCGUCAACUGCUUCUGCCCCGGGUUCACGCGCACCGACAUGACCAGGGGCUGGGGGAAGCGCACCGCCGAGGAGGUGGCCGACGUCGGCGCGCGGCUCGCGCUGCUGCCGCCCGCCGAGCUCCCCACGGGGGCCUUCUUCAAGUGGUGCACGCCGCAGCUCUACUCCAAGCUGUGACCUGCCGAGCCACACGCCGCCGGCCGCGCGCCCCGGCCAUGGCGGCAGCAGGAGUAUAUAUGUAGCGUUGGUUUAGCUGCUCCUAGUGACUGGCAGCCUGGAUUUCCGCCAAGAUGCUUUGGUUGAGCAGUGCGACCAAACCAUGUCAGCAACCAAUGUACUAUGCGUGCUUAGCCGUGUAAGAUUUAGGUCAACUUCUGAACAUUGGAUGAAUCAUGAAUGGUCCGUCUGCUGCCUCUGCAUCCGACCUUCCGUCA